GUCAAUGAAGAGAAGGGCAUUUCCAUUACCUCAAUGGGGCAGAAAAGAACCUUUAAAUAAAUGUCCCGGCUUCUUCCGCAGGGUGUCAGAUCAAAUACUGCGAAGUGAGUGGAAAGACGUCAGUAAACCAUACCCAGGAUCCAAAAUCCAGGAUGCUCCAUCCGAAAAGCUCCAUCACUACUGGCUCCGUCCCCUUCAAGGACAGAGCCCCUGGACUCCCGGGUUCCUGGCCAGGGAGGAGGAGGAGGAAAAGGAGAGACCUAUCUGCUAGGGCGACGUGGCCUGAGAAACAGGCUGCUGGUCCUGGGAUGCUCCAACCCAAGCCCAGUGAGCAGGAGGGUGAGAGCAUGAAGGCCAGCCAGGAGCCAGCUCCCCAGCCUGGCACAGAUGUGGUCCCAGCAGCCCCCAGGAAGCCCAGAAAAUGCUCCAAACUGGUCCUGCUGACAGCUUCCAAAGACAGCGCCAAAGUGGCCGCGGCCAAACGCAGAGGAGUGCACUGCAUCAUGUCCCUGGGGGUGCCAGGCCCCGCCACCCUGGCCAAGGCCCUCCUCAAGACUCACCCCGAGGCUCAACGGGCCAUUGAAGCAGCCCCCCAGAAGCCCGAACAGAAGCGCAGCAAGCUGGACCUGGCUGCUCCACAGCCCCUGGAGUUCCUGAAGACCCCGUAUGGGGGCCGCCUUCUAGUGUACAAAUCAUACCUGUACAAGCAAGAAAAGGCUGUGGGGGACAAGGUGUACUGGAAGUGCCGCAAGCACUCGGAGCUCCGCUGCCGGGGCCGGGCCAUCACCCGUGGCUUCCGAGUCACUGUGAUGCGGGACCACUGUCACCCACCUGAUAAGGAGGGCCUCAAGGUCCGGCACCAGAAGAAGAAGCUGCCUCACUCAGACCUGCCUGAAGGCUCUGAAGGCCAAGAAGAUGGGGUGAGCCUAUGGCUGUACCCUGUAGAACCAGAGCCCACCCCUCAGCCAAUCCCUGAAACCCCAGAGGAGGACCAGGGGUACCGAUCCCUGGCACUGCAGAGCUUGCCUCCCAAGAAACGUCCCACCCCAGGAGUGGUGCGGUAUCGGCCCCUUGAGUUCCUGAAGACCUGCUAUGGGGGCACUUUCCUGGUGCACCAGUCCUUCCUCUACAAGCGGGAGAAGACUGUGGGGAGCAAGGUGUACUGGACCUGCCGGGAGCAUGCGGUCAAUGGCUGCCGUAGCCGGGCCAUCACCCAGGGCCAGCGAGUGACGGUGAUGCGCAGCCACUGCCACUCACCUGACAUGGAAGGCCUGCAGGCCCGGCGACAGCAGGAGAAGACCAUAAAGAAGAUACAAGCAAGACGAAUUGGUGCUGGGGACCUGGAGGACUGCGAUGACAUCGAAGACUCGCUGCUCCAAGGGGUGGACAGCCUGUUCUACCGUAGGGCAAAGGGCACACUGACUCUCAGUAGGUCUAAGUCUAAGUCCAAGUCCAGGUCCAGGUCCAGGUCCAAGUCCAAGUCCAAGUCCAGAAAACGUCAGAAAAAGGCACGUCAGGAACCUUUGCAGGAACCCCCCGAGGAAGACCAGGACGUGGAUCCCCGAGGUCCAGAGUUUCUGAAGACCCCUCUUGGGGGCAACUUCCUGGUAUACGAGUCCUUCCUCUACAGGAGGGAGAAAGCGGCUGGGGAGAAGGUGUACUGGACCUGCCGGGACCAGGCACGAAUGGGCUGUCGCAGCCGAGCCAUCACCCAGGGCCGGCAGGUGACUGUGAUGCGGAACCACUGUCAUCCACCUGACCUGUUAGGACUGGAGACUAUGAGGCAGCGGGAGAAACGCCCCGGCCCCACUCAGUGGGAUGGUCCAGAUGGGCCUGAGUUCCUGAAGACCCCUCUCGGGGGCAGCUUCCUGGUGUACGAGUCCUUCCUCUAUAGGCGGGAGAAAGCAACUGGCGACAAAAUCUACUGGACCUGCCGGGACCAGGCACGCAUGGGCUGUCGCAGCCGAGCCAUCACCCAGGGCCAGCGGGUGAUGGUCAUGCGCAGGCAUUGCCACCCACCUGAUAUGGGUGGCCUGGAAGCCCUGCGACAGCGGGAGAACUUCCCCAACCUGACCAACUGGGAAGGCCCAGAGCCUGUGCAGCCACUGGAGUUCCUGCAGACAUCCCUCGGAGGUCGGUUCCUGGUGUAUGAGUCCUUCUUGUACAGGAAGGAGAAGGCGGCUGGGGAGAAGGUAUACUGGAUGUGCCGGGACCAGGCUCGGCUGGGCUGUCGCAGCCGAGCCAUCACCCAGGGCCGGCGGGUCAUGGUGAUGCGGAGCCACUGCCACCCGCCUGACCUGGAUGGUCUGGAGGCCCUGCGGCAGCGAGAGCGCGAGCGGCUCCCCAGUGUAGCCAAGAAGAAGAAGAAAAGAACAUCAAAGAAGAGCAAAAACUGAGCAAUGGGUCCUGAUGAGGCAAGUCUUCUCUGAAAGAACAGAGGAGCCACCAACACCCCCGAUGCUUCUUGUCGGUGCAGGCACUUCCCAUCCACUCAGAUUUGCUUGACAACUCCUUCACUCUCUAGAGCAUCGACGGCCUUCACAUUUCCUCAGAGGUCCCCAGGAGGAUUACUUGGACCUUGGAUGGUAUCCUGUGUUGGCAAAAGAAUAGUGCGAAGCUGAUGGGUAGCCUGCAGACCCGUGCCAUGCUGCUGUCGCCCUUAUGACCUUAGACAGCUGAAGAGAAUGUGUCUGGACUGAUAUACCUCAACCCCACUCUGCUGCCCAUGGCCUCAGCACCAUCUGCUUCCAGAGCAUGCGCCUUACAGAGAGCUCUCCAGUGGGUGUGGCCUUUGUGAGCUCCAUUAGAGUUCAGCACCAAUGAAUUUGUCCUGAGCCAGGGUGUGUAUGGGAACUUCUUGACACCCUCUGAAGACAGUACCAGUCAAGGGGGGUGGGGGGUGUUUGUUUUGUGUUUUGCAUCUUUUAGGGACAGAUGCUGGAGCCUUCCUGGUCUUCAGUCACUCGCUGCUUACUAGGACCGUCAGCCCCAACCGUGACAGAGCCGGCCGGUCUCCAGGCUUUGUCCUACCUUCUCUCAGACUUUGCAUCUUACAUUCUGUCCUAGCUUCAAUUAAACCUGUCCACAGUUCUCAGGGCAGCAGAAGUUCCUGGAGGGAGCCAGCCUAGAUGUCAGGAAGAGGUGACAGCAGAUAAACAUGCUGUGGGCAGCUGCACCACUGAGAAUUGUCUACGUGGUGUUCCUGAUACACAAGGGUAAUUAGAUGGCUUCAAAGCCUGCCGCUUACAGAAGAGUUUAGCAGAACAAAGAGAGCCAUGCUACAGGUGACACUAACAUCCCUGGGAACUGCAGAACUUUCUGCAUGCUGCACCCUAGACAGAGCUGUCCUUACCCUGUCAUAGAGCUGCAUGCUCCUCUCCUUGCAAGCAAGCCAUGAAGCAGCCACCCCUGUGGAAUAUUGAUGGCCUGGUGCCUACCACUGGCUUCUGCUCCUCUUCUUCCCUCAAUAAACCCUAUUUAAU